AUGUUCGACCAGUUUACCAAGCAAACUAAAGAAACUAACGAUAACUAUGGGCUUCCUUACGAGUAUGGCAGCGUAAUGCAUUACCAUUCAAAAAGUUUUUCCGCAGACAAGACCCGCUGGCACACCAUGAUACCUGUCGACAAGAUGUAUAUCGAUACGUUGGGGUCCCAGUUUGUUUCUUUUUACGACAAACUCAUGAUGAACACCCAUUACAAUUGUCUAGAUAAAUGCAAACCACGCUCUUCGGCCAAAUGCGCAAUGGGGGGUUUUCCGAACCCCAAAGAUUGUUUGAGAUGCGUUUGUCCGGGAGGCUAUGGAGGAAGACUAUGCAAUGAAAGGGAGCCAACAUUGUCUCACAGCAAUUCCACAACAACAAGAGUCUUUCAGCCAAGCGGUUGUGGAGAAGUGCUGCAAGCCACGACAGAUUAUAAAAAAUUUGAAGACGUCGUUGGUCAUUCUUGGGUAAAGGAAUCAGAUGACAAUGAUUUUUUUGCCAUGUGCAAGUACUGGAUAGAGGCUCCAUCAGACCGAAAGGUAGAAGUAAAGUUUCAUAACUUUAGUGAUCGCGUUGCUGUUCAAGGAUGCUACUAUGCUGGUGUAGAAAUUAAGUCGCAGAAGGACCAACGUAGCACCGGAUAUAGGUGCGUCAUUUCAACUUUGCCAUUGUCAGAAGUGGGGAAGUGUUCAAAUCUGAAAGCAAUGUUGUGCCUAUCAUCACCUGGAGCAGGAUCUGGCCAACUAAAACAGAAUUAUGGUAUCGAAUGGGUAGGUGUUAGAAUUGUCGUACAACACGACAACAAUCAUUAA